AUGUACAAACUCACACAAUGGAUCUACCGCCUGUAUUUCCACCCCCUGAGUUCGAUUCCCGGACCAAAGCUGGCGGCAAUGACAUCCCUUUUUGAGUUCUAUCACGAUGUGAUCCGAAGAGGAAAAUACAUCUGGGAAAUCGAAAAGAUGCAUGCUCAAUAUGGGCCGAUUGUCCGAAUCACCCCGAGACAGGUCCACGUCGCCGACCCUGAAUUCUACGAGAAGAUCUAUGCUGGAGCAAACACCAGACGGGAGAAAGAUCCGGAGAUGACGGCAUUCAUGGCGUGCCCCACUGCCGCGCUUGCGACCAUCGACCAUGAUCUCCACCGGUCUCGACGCAACCAGCUGAACCACUUCUUCUCCAAAAGGAAUGUCGGUGUGUUGAUGCCGAUCAUCUACGAGAAGGUCGACAUGCUAUGUGAGCACCUCAGGGUCUCUGCGGAGGAGGGAACCGUCAUCAAACUGAGCGAUGCGUUUGUCGCGCUGACUGGCGACACCAUCACGCACUAUUGCUAUGGCCAGGACUGGGGGUGUCUACGAGCCAAGCAUUUCACGAACAACGGCGUCUGGGAUGCUGUUGCGGAGAUCACUAAUACCUGCCAUCUCUUCCAGGUCUUCCCACUGGUGCCGAGGUUGCUGAUGGCUUUGCCCCGUCGCUUGGUGGGGUGGGUGAAACCAAAGCUGAUUACCGUGUUUGACAUGCAAGACCGCAUUGCUCGUGACUCAAAGGCGUGCCUGAAAGGGAGCGUUGUUGGAGGCCCGCCGACGAUCUAUCACAGUUUGAGCAAUGCCAAUGUGCCGGCCGAGGAGCGGUCACUGGUGCGACUCCGCGAAGAAAGCUUCGUACUGCUGCUGGCAGGUACGGAGACCACCGCUGGCACUCUGACAUAUGGAAUGUAUCAGGUGCUCCGCAACAAGGAGAUAUUCUUCAAGCUGCGGAAGGAGGUGCAGUCGAUGGCGUUAACAUCAGAUGGCAGAGUCCCGUGGCCUCAGGUCGAGAGUUUGCCCUACCUAACUGGGGUGGUGAAUGAAUCGCUUCGACUAGGAUCGCUUGUCAUGCGCUUUUCCCGGGUGGCACCACAGGAGGCCUUGUAUUGCAAUGGCUAUACGAUCCCGCCAGGCACCCCAAUGAGCACUAGUAGCUACUUCAUCCAUCACAACCCUGUUCUGUUCCCGAAUCCCAAGGUCUUCGAUCCCGAGCGGUGGAUUACCGCUCGUCAAGAAGGGGUGAAUCUCUCGAAAUAUCUCGUGGCUUUCACGAGAGGCACAAGGGCAUGUGUGGGAAUGAAUCUAUCUUAUGCGGAGCUUUACACGGCUUUGGCAACGAUUGUUCUCCGCUUUGAUCUGGAGCUCUACGAUACUCCUCCUGAGAGCAUGGCCUUCAGGCGGGAGAUGAUUGUGCAGAGGCCGGAAAAGGGAUUGUGGACUCUCAAAGCACGGGUCACUGGCGUUAAGCAGGAGACAGAGUAA